UUCCCGCACGCGCUCACCUGACGCGGCGACGGAGGCGCGAGGAAGAUCCUCCGUUCACCGCUGGAGUCACCCAUCAGCCGGAUUAGACAAUCUUGUGGAAGUGGGAUUUUUUCUGGAUAUUAUGUAAAAACCCCGAAAAAGCCCAGUCCAGCUGGCCAGCGCGGCUCCAUUCAGCAUUCUGUCCUGGCGGAUUGUCUGUCGUUUGGGGGGAUUGGAAACCCGUUUGCAUACUAAUCAGGUUUUGGAAGGGAUAUCCAGAGCACACAUCCAGAGCUGCGGACCGGCUCCGAUGAAUGCGUAGCAGACCCCAGCCAUGCCGAUAACAAGUAAAGGGUCAAGACGGAGGGCUUGGGUCACCGGACCUUGUGCGGGUUCAAGUCUCUGGCGGCAGAAGCCACUCUUUUACAUUGUCCUUGUUUUAGUUCAGUCAGCAGCUGUCCUUGGCGCACUAGAACUGCAGCUGGACGAAGAGCAGCCAGCGGGAACUAUUGUUGGCGACAUCAGUGCGGGUUUGCCGCCCGGUGAAACUGCAAGCCUUUACUUCAUCUCAGACCAUGAGGGCACAGGUGUCGGCAGCGACCUCAACAUUGACGAAACCACAGGCAUCAUUACCACCGCACGCCGCCUGGACCGAGAGGAAAGGGACCACUACAGUUUCAUUGCGGUGACAAUGACGGGAAUCACGAUUGAAGUGUCGAUCACGGUCAACGACAUCAACGACCAUGCACCUGCGUUCCCGAAAAAGAAAGUGGUUCUUAAAAUCCCCGAGCACACCGCAGUGGGAACGAGGUUUUCCUUGGAGCCCGCGACCGACGCAGACAAGGACCAGCUGACCACUCAAGGCUAUUCCAUCCGAGAGGGCAACGUGGGCCAGACGUUUAGGCUGGAGACAAAGAGAGCGACUAACAAAGUGCUUUAUCUCGACCUGGUUGUCAGCGGACUUCUGGACAGAGAGAAACGCUCAUCGUACAGUCUGGUCCUGGAGGCCUUUGAUGGCGGUUCACCAAGACGGAUGGGAUCCAUGACCCUGGAAGUGACGGUGACUGACAUCAACGACCACGCGCCAGCCUUUAAUCAGAGUAGAUACCAUGCUAUUAUCUCUGAAAGUCUCCCUCAAGGAAGCAGCAUCCUGCAGGUAUUCGCAUCAGAUGAAGACGAAGGCGAUAAUGGUCUGGUGCUUUAUGAAAUUAACCGCCGUCAGAGUGACCCCGAGCGCUACUUUGUCAUCGACAUGAAGUCAGGGGUCAUCACUCUGAAUAGACCCCUCGACUACGAGCUGAAGAGGGUUCAUGAACUGGUGGUCCAGGCCAGGGAUAAUGCCAGCCACCCAGAGGUGACCAACGCAUUUGUGACUAUUCACGUACGUGACUACAAUGACAACCAGCCCACCAUGACCAUCAUCUUCCUCAGUGAGGACGGCUCGCCAAAGAUCUCAGAGGGAGCCCAGCCAGGCCAAUACGUGGCUCGGAUAUCUGUCACCGAUCCAGAUUAUGGAGAAUAUGCCAACGUUAAUGUGUCCCUCGAGGGGGGUGAUGGGAAAUUUGCUCUCACAACCAAGGACAGCAUAAUUUACUUGAUAUACGUGGACCAGGUCUUGGACAGAGAAGAGCGAGACUCGUAUGACCUCAGAGUGAUGGCCACCGACUCUGGCACGCCGCCACUCAGGGCAGAGUCCUCCUUCACCAUCCAAGUGACUGACGUGAACGACAACCCCCCUCUGUUUGACCAGCAGGCGUACAGACAGACCAUUCCUGAAGUUGUAUAUCCUGGAUCUUUUGUACUUCAGGUUACUGCAAGGGACAAAGAUCAGGGCCCCAAUGGAGAUGUGCGAUACAGCCUUCUAAAGGGCAAAAACUCUCACUCCGAUUGGUUUUCCAUCGACCCCGUUACAGGAAUCAUCACCACCGCUACUGCUCUGGACUUUGAAUCGGAGCCGGCCCCCAGUGUGACUGUCGUAGCGACGGACAGCGGCCGCCCGCCUCUGUCAUCCACAGCCAAGGUGGACAUUGUGCUGCAGGAUGUUAAUGACAACACACCUGUGUUCUCCAGCAGCUUCUACAAUGCCUCCAUCAAGGAAAACACGCCAGCCGGGACCUGCUUCUUGGAGGUGUCAGCCACAGAUGAGGACCGUGGUUCCUUUGGUGCAAUAACGUACAUGCUGGGGUCGGCCUCUGGGAGCGCGGUCCCGACCCACUUUACCGUCGACAAGGAGAGCGGCCAGCUUUGCACCAGUACUACUCUGGACAGGGAUGAGGGACCGGAGAAGUUUGACCUGACCGUCACUGCAACAGAUGGAGGUGGUUUGAGUUCAGUUGCCCGAGUGAGGGUCUCUGUUGUGGAUAUAAAUGACAACCGGCCCACCUUCUACCCAGUCCUGUACACGGCCAGCCUCAGUACCCACAGUGCCCCGGGAACGUCCGUGGUCAAAGUAACGGCCAACGACCCGGACUCCGGAGAGAACGGCCGGGUGACGUACCGCACGGUGCCUGGAGGAGGCUCCACUUUCUUCACCCUCAACAAGGACACAGGUGUCAUUUCCCUUUCUCGCUCGCUCCACGGCAAAGCCAACACUGUGAUCUCCAUGGUGAUAUCAGCGGAGGACGGCGGUGGUCUGACGGCACCCGUCAACGCCAGGGUGAACGUAAGCGUGGUGGGAGGCUCCGUGACGUCUCCGGUGUUUGAACAAGCGCAGUAUUUUUUCACCGUGUCCGAGGACGUUCUGCGGGGGACGGUGGUGGGAGUGGUCCGUGCGGCCACAAAGACAGGUGCCUCUAAAGGUAUCUUUUAUUCCAUUUCUUCUGGAGACCCUGAUGGUUACUUCACAGUGGACAGCGCCUCUGGUACCGUCCGCACAGCUCUUCCUCUGGACCAUGAGACCUGCGCCAGUCUGGAUCUGGAGAUACAGGCACGCUCAGGCUCUCCUCCAGCAUACGGAACCAGCCGAGUUCACAUCACCAUUUCAGAUAUUAAUGACAAUGCCCCAACGUUCCUCCCGUCGUCGUCCGAAUCCCUCCUGUUGCCCGAAGUUACCAAAAUGGGGACUGUUAUUUAUCGCAUUCAAGCCACGGACAAAGACUCCGGUCACAAUGGCCAGCUCAGUUUUGACCUGGUCUCUGCUGGGGCGGCAGGCAGCAGCGGUCAGAGGACAUUUGGUGUAGACCGGGGCAGUGGGGAGGUUCGCCUGAUUGGAAGUCUGUCCUAUGAAAGUGUUCCACGCUACGACCUUCAGGUGGUUGCCAAAGACGGUGGAGCGCCUCAGCUGAGCUCCACCUUCACCCUGGUGGUCCACAUUCAAGCGCAGGAUGCCCAAGGCCCCAACUUCGACACUCUCACCUACCGAGUGGAGCUGAGAGAAAACACCCCUCUGAACACACGCUUUCUCCAGGUCCGAGCACUAAACAGAGAGGCUUCUGGGAAUGGUGGAAGCUCAUCUUCUUCAUCCUCCUCCUCCUCCUCCUCCAUCUCCUACCGCCUCAGGCCGGAUGGGGAUGCUGCUGGUUUUGGCAUCAUGCCGGACAGUGGCUGGCUCUUCGUCCGGAACUCCCUGGACCGUGAGGUGAAAGACAUGUAUCUGUUGACGGUCCUCGCCACGUCAGCCCCAGGAGGCGUAGGAAGAACCGGCAGUGCCACUGUCAGGGUGACGGUAACCGACGAGAACGACAAUUCCCCGAGGCUGAGUCAGGAGAGGGUGUUCCUGGCGGUGAGAGAGAACCUGCUGGCGGGGACCGGCUUCGGCAGGGUGUCUGCCACAGACAGAGACGCCGGACUGAACUCUCGACUCACCUACAGGCUGCUGCACACCGACAGGCACUUUCAGAUCAACUCCCAAACAGGCGAGAUCAGCACCCGCCUGGCCCUCGACCGAGAGCAACAGUCUAGCUAUCAGGUGGUUGUUGUCGUUCAGGACGGGGGCACGCCUCCUCGCAGUGCCACUGGGACGGCUCAUAUCACUGUUUUGGAUGAAAACGACCACACCCCGAGUUUCACUCAUGCCAGGCCCAACAGAGAGCUGCUCUUCCAGGUGAUGGAGGGGCUUCCAUCGGGGAGCGUGGUGGGGACUGUGACAGCUAAAGAUCCAGAUGAAGGAGAGAAUGGGACCUUAUACUACUCUUUAUCAGGCUCCAGAGCAGAGCGCUUCUCCCUCAACCAGAACAGCGGCGAGCUUCGAACCGCUUCCCCUCUGAGAUGGAGCGAGAGAGCCGAGUACGCCUUCACUGUUACUGCUGCUGACCACGGCACACCGGGCCUCAGCUCCACCUGCCAGCUACGAAUACAGGUUCUCAGCUCCUCCCGGUCGGCUCCCAAGCCCAACGUCCUCUCCAUGACCCUGAACACAGUGGAGGGAGCCCCUCCAGGCUCCAUCAUCGGCUCGGUCCGCCCUCCAGACCAGCACGAGUCCGUAGCGCUGGACGGCCAGGUGACGUACCUGGUGGUGGGAGGGACUGCCCGGGACGGGACGUUCAUGGUGGACCGUCUGAAGGGCGACGUGUACCUGGUGCGCGAGUUGGACUACGAGAAGGGCUCCAGGUACACGCUGCACAUCGAGGUGUCCGACUUCUCCCAGGCCUUUCCCAGCAGCCACCUGGUGAAGCUGGAUAUCAACGUGCAGGACAGCAAUGACCACGCCCCUCAGUUCACCGAGGAUCCGGUCACCAUCGUGAUCCCUGAGAACAUCGAGCCGGGCGCAUCAAUAUACACGUUCCAGGCAGUGGAUCUGGAUGGCAGUGGACCCAACAGUGAGCUGCGUUACUCCAUCGAGCACCACUGGCCGGACACGCCCGACCUCCUCAGCCUGGACCCGUCCAGUGGAGUCCUGACUCUGGGGCAUAAGUUGGAUCGUGAAGCCACGCCCUCGCUCUACAUCGUUGUGCGAGCCACGGACCAGGCGGUAGAUCACUCUCAGAGGCGCUGGGGAUCGGUCACCGCUCGAGUGUUUGUUACGGAUGAAAACGACAACGCUCCGGUCUUCAGCUCUCCGUCUGCGGUCAGCGUCAUGGAGGAUCAGCCUGUAGGAUUUGUGAUUUUAUAUGUGAUUGCUCGAGAUGAGGAUGAAGGAGAGAAUGGCAGAGUCUCGUACAGAAUCCAGGCAGGAAAUAGCGCCGGCCGCUUCAGCUUGAAUCCCAACACAGGUUCUCUCUCCAUUCUUAAAGCCUUAGACCGGGAAGAGCAAGAAGUAUUCAAUCUGACCAUUGUAGCGGAGGAUCAUGGGAUUCCUCAGCUCUCCACCUCUCAGGUGCUGUGCGUCCAGGUGAUAGACGUGAACGAUGAAGCGCCCGUGUUCCAGCGAGCGGAGUUCGAGGCCCAGGUGAUGGAAAACCGAGGGCCGGGAACCACAGUGUUGACGGUGACGGCGACCGACCGCGACCAAGGUUCUAAUGGCCAUAUUACAUAUGGAGGUGUGACGGAGGAAGGCUUUGUCAUCAACCCUGCGACAGGCGCCAUCACCACCACGAAGGAGCUGGAUGCAGAGCUGCAGGAUCACUACACACUCACUGUGUAUGCCAGGGAUGGCGGACUGCCUCCAAACUUCGCAAAGGCUGUAGUCCGUGUGGAGGUGCAGGACGUGAACGACAAUGCUCCGGUCUUUGCCAUGUCUUGGUAUCAACUCGAGGUGCCGGAGAACCAGGAGUCUGUUGAGCUUUGCUUCCUCAAGGCCACAGAUCCCGAUUCAGGUCCAGGUGGAGAGCUGGAGUACAGAAUCACUGCGGGGAAUCCUGACAGAGAUUUCCAGCUCGACGCCAGCACAGGAGCUCUGUCCACGUCACAUGGGCUCGACAGGGAACAGAAAACAGACUACACUCUGGAGGUGGUGGCCGCAGACCGAGGCAGUCCCGCUCUCAGCGCCACGGUCACAGUGAAGGUCCGAGUGCUGGACGUCAAUGACAACAGCCCCGUUUUCAGCAGAAGCUCCUACGUGGUGGAGGUGUCCGAGGACAUAGCAGAAGGAUCACAAGUUCUGGAAGUUUCAGCGUCGGAUCCCGAUGAUGAGCUGAACGGGAAGGUUCUCUACUUCCUCAGCCAGGAGGCAAACGGGGCGUUCACUGUCGACGAGAACACCGGUCGCAUCACCACAUCAGGCCCGCUGGACCGUGAAAAGUCAGACUCGUACAGUUUCCAGGUGUUUGCUGUUGACCUUUCACCUGCUGCACCCAGGAAUUCCUCUGCGCAGGUGACAGUAAAUGUCUUGGACGUCAAUGACAACGCUCCUUUCUUCAUACAAGACCCACUUGUUGUUGAAGUGUCCAGCAGGAGAUCCCAGCGAGUCUUAGCUACCAUGAAGGCGGAGGACAGGGACUUCGGAGCCAAUGGAUCUGUGUUUUAUCGUUUUGCCACCUCUGUGAAAGGCUUCAGUAUAAAUUCUCUAACUGGGGAAAUCCAGGCCACUCAGCCCCUGGGAGAUCUGACCCAGGCUCAGCGGACCCUAAUAGUGGAGGCCAUGGACCAAGGCAGCCCGGCCCAGUCUGCACAAGGAGUGGUAGUUAUUUAUGUGAAGGAGGUGGAGUACAAUGGCAUCCGUUUCUCCAGGAAUGCCCGAGAUGUCAGCUUACAGGAGAAUGCUGUGAAAGGCACAGCGGUGGCUCAGGCUCAGGCUCAACAUCCGGAUGGCACACGUAAAGGGAUCAGCUACAGCCUCUUCAGCGGCAACAGAAAGCAGGCGUUCAGCAUCAGCUCCUCAACAGGUGAAAUCUGGGUGCAGAGCUCCAAGGGACUCGACUUUGAAGACUCCCCAAAACUCCGUCUAGUUGUAAAGGCCGAGACUGUGUCCUCGACGUCUUUCAUGGCCAUUAACUUGCUCUUGCAGGAUGUCAAUGACAACCUGCCUCGCUUCCAGCUGCAGAAUUAUGUGGCUUACAUGAAAGAAGCACAAGGAUAUGAAAUGCCAAUCAUACAGGUGGUUGCAGAGGAUGUGGAUCAGGGCCAAAACGGUCAGGUGACCUACUCCAUCCAAUCCUCAAGCAUGAGUGGCCUGUUCAAGAUCGACCCUGUGACAGGAAGCAUUACCACAGCAGCCAUCAUGGACCGCGAGAUCUUUACCCAGACCAAGUUGGUUGUCACAGCGACUGACAGAGGAAGCCCACGAUUGGCUGGUUCAGCCACACUGACGGUUAUCAUUGUUGACCAAAAUGACAACAGUCCCACCAUCCCACUACCCCAGGAAAUCCGCAUCGCAGAGAAUACUUUGAUCGGCAAAGAGAUCACCGUUGUGACGGGUAACGACGUCGACUCCAGUCCUGCCCUUUCCUACUCCUUGCAGCUUGACCCAACAUCCUUGGGCAAGUUCGGGAUUCACCGUUACAGUGGAGGCAUUUCCCUCACGGCCCCGUUGGACUUCGAAGAGAAGACGUGGUACACCCUGACCGUCAGAGCCACGGACAGCCAGCACCAAACUCAGGCCAACAUUACUAUUGUGGUGGAGGACAUCAAUGACAAUGCACCCGCAUUCACACACGACCUCUAUCAGGUUACGCUGCCCGAACACACGCCAGCAGGAAGUGCAGUUAUCACAGUAACAGCAACCGACAGAGACUCGGGAGAAAACGGGCGGAUCACUUACAAAGUGCUGUCUUCAACACAGGACGGUUUCUACAUUAACCCCAGCAAUGGGACGCUGUUCAUCAACCACAGAGCGGAGUUUGACCCCGAGCGUCCAUCGGUCAGUAUCGUCAUUGAAGCUCGUGAUGGAGGCUCCCCUUCCCUCUCCUCACUUACAACAAUCCAGGUCCAAAUUUCUGAUGUCAAUGACAACGCUCCUGUGUUCCACCAGUCAGAGUACAGGGCUACUGUAUCAGAGGACGCUAUCCCCGGGUCGACAGUCCUGACUUUCGAAGCCUUCGACAGCGACCUCUCCAGGGAGAACUGCGGCUUUGACUUUGCUAUCGCCAACGGAAAUGAAGGGAACGCGUUCCAGAUUGAGAGCAGCGUGCGCUUCCUGGAGGGACGAGGCUUCCAGACAGUUGGGACUCUGCUGUUGGCCGAGUCGCUCGACUUUGAAACCAAGCCACUUUACAACCUCACCGUGGUGGUGUCUGAUCGGGGAGUUCCCCAGAGGAGCUCGAGCGUGGCUGCCGUGAUAACCAUUGGCGAUGUUAAUGAUAACCCUCCAGUGUUCAGCAGAGCAGAGUAUACUGUUUCGCUGAGUGAGGGCGCCGCUGCUGGGACCGAGAUUAUACGACUCACCGCCACAGAUCCAGACUCAACUCCCAAUGCGGAGGUCCAGUAUACCAUCAGCUCUGGUGAUGAAGUCAACCUCUUCACCUUGGACCAGUGGACCGGAGCGUUGCGACUUCAGCGAGCGCUCGAUCGGGAACACCAACCCACGCAUGUUGUCAUCAUUCAAGCCACAGAUGGACAGGGUCACUUUGCACUCGUUCCCGUCAUUGUUGAGGUCAAAGAUGUGAACGACAACCAUCCGUUCUUCCCUGUCGAAGUCUUAACUGCCAGCAUCAGAGAAAACCAACCAGCGAAUUCGGCUGUAACGGUUCUACACGCAAUAGACCAUGACACCGGGGUUUUUGGGCAGCUCAAGUAUUACAUGGUGGAGCGAACCGGAGUGGGAAAAGAAAGCUUCGCCGUGGACCAAACUUCAGGAGAAAUAAGGAGCAAAACUCCAUUUGACUUUGAGAAGAUCAAUUCGUUUAAUUUUGUAGCAGUGGCAGUGGAUUCAGGCAACCAUUCAGCCACUGUGACAGUGCAGGUGUUUGUCACAGGUGAAGAUGAAUAUGACCCACUUUUCACAUCCACUGAUCUCUCCUUCGAAGUCCCGGAGGGAGCCAAGAAAGGCCAGAGCAUCGGCCAGGUGGUAGCAAAUGAUGAGGACGGAGGGGUGGAUGGUAUUAUUCUGUAUUCUCUCACCUCCAGCUCCCCAUAUUUUGAUGUAAACAAGACCACUGGCGUGAUUUUCCUCAAGUUGGACAGCUCAGGCAGCAGCGGCAGCAGUGGGUCAGGCCGCAACAAACGGGAAACCAGGAUGAUGACCCUGGAUGUCAAAGCUCACAGCCCUCUUGAUACGUCUCGGAGCUCUACAGCUCAGGUCUCCAUUGACGUCACCAACACCAACUUUGGCCUCGCCGCUGACGUCAACGUCCUGCUUAUUAGUAUAAUUGCAGCUUCUCUGGGUUUUAUCAUUUUGCUCGUGGUCAUGGCUGUGGUGGUGUUCCUGGUCAAGUCACGCAGGAGGAAGAAAGGUCAGGACACAGGAAACAGGACUGUCGCGACAGGAACUGCCUUACAGAAACUGGAUGACUGUAAGUCGGGAGCAGGAGGAGAAAGGAUUUACCACCAGACCUUGCCAGGCUAUGCUGGUGACCAAGGUGGGGCUGGUGGUGGUCCCUACACUAGAGGGGGCUCACUGGAUCCCUCUCACUCCAGUGGAAGAGGAUCCGCUGAGGCAGCAGAGGAUGAUGAGAUCAGGAUGAUAAACGAAUACCCCCGCGUUGCUUCCAUCACCUCGUCCAUGCAGGAGCACAUCUCAGCCCGAGGGCCAGACUCUGGCAUCCAGCAGGAUGCUGACCAGCUCUCCGACAUCUCCUGUGAGCCUGCGGCUUUGGAGGGCAGCACCUGGUUCAAAGGAAAGAAACUUGGAGGAAGUCUCAGUGGAACGCUGCUCUCUGGUCAGCUGCCCGUCUACAGGGAUGAGGGAAGUGGUUACCUGGGUGUCGGCCGAGGCCUCAACAUAUCUCUCCCUAAGGAUUAUGCCUUCCCGGAGGAUGGCAAACCUUCAGUGGACGGUUCCCUCACGGCCAUUGUUGCGAGUGACGAGGAGCUUCGGGGUAGCUAUAACUGGGAUUAUCUCCUUAACUGGUGCCCACAGUUCCAACCGCUUGCUAAUGUUUUCACGGAGAUUGCAAGGCUUAAAGAUGAAACUGCUCAGCAGAGUCAGAACCCUCGCCAGCCCUUCCAGCCCAAACCCAAAAUGGAUCCCAAACCUAGAAUUGAUCCGCCUCCUCUAAUCACAUCAGUGGCCCAUCCAGGGGCCAUGUCAGUUCCACCUAAAGUCCCCGUGAUCGGGCGAACAUUUCCCCACUUGGCCUCACUUCGUAGGUCCCCAAUCAGCCACGAGGGCUCCAUUUCAUCAGCGGCAAUGUCACCGAGUUUUUCCCCAUCUCUCUCCCCGCUAGCAGCUCGAUCGCCGGCUGUUUCUCCAUUUGGAGUCAACCAAGGACCGUCAGCAUCCAUGAUCAGCACCAGGGAGCCUUCACUGGAUCAAAGUCCUGAUCACGAGAUGAGAAUAUGAUUGAAAAAUUAAACAAAAACUUGUAAGAAAGACAUUUUAGGCAGGCAACCUGAACAAGUGUGACAGACUAUAAGUGGGUUUGUUCAUUCGCUGGAACAAAAGAAGUGGUGGACAUGAAAACAACCCGAAUAAACUUUGGAUUCGUAUGUCCCUUGAUUAGCCACAUAUCGCUGGAUGCAAAAGACCAAAUGGAAUAUGUGCCUGGUUUGACAGGAGCAUCACACUCAUCCAUGUCCUCACUGACGCAGGUCUCCAUGAACUGAUUGGGGCUGAGAGGUAAACUGACAUCUUGAUGGGAGGGUACGCCUACCAUGCCCUGUCGUCAGAGAUCCCUUAGUGUGUAGAUAGAUAAACGUGUCGUUUUCUUGUUACCUCGCUGGCUGGCCAGAGAACUAAGGACCUUGUCCCUCUCUUUGUGUCUGUGGACAUUUUUACACUCCAGUAUUAAAUUCAAGUAGUGGCUGCUUUUUAAAUGGCCUCUGGACAAAAACCCUGUCUGUGAAUCCUGUGGACAGACA